AUGGCAAUUGAAGAAGAAAGAUUUAGGUACAUCUGUAAAAAUCAACAGAAAUUAAGGUCUGAUCUUUAUGGUGGCUUAAUGGAUGCUAUUGUACGUGGAGAUUCAGAUUGCUCAAUGGUGGGAAAAACUAUUAUACUACCUUCCUCCCACACUGGGGGACCUCGCUACAGGGCACAAAAUUAUCAAGAUUCAAUGGCUAUAUGUAUAUAUACAAUUGAGUUCCAGAAAAGAGGCUUGCCACAUGAUCAUAUACUGUUUUUCCUUCAUGAAACACAAAAAAACCCAACAACAGAUCAUAUCAAUAGAGUAAUAUCCGCUGAAAUACCAGAUUACAGAGCAUAUCCAGAUGGGUAUAAUGCCGUGAAAAACUUCAUGAUGCACAGACCGUCUGGAGAACAAAAUCCUAGUUGCCCAUGUAUGAAACAAGGCAAGUGCACAAAAUAUUUUCCAAAGAAAUACAAUGACCGAACAAAUUUUGAUUCGGAUGGAUUCCUUAUUUAUAUGAGACGGAAGACAGGUAUUGAAGUUAAGAAAAAUCGUGCUAGCUUAGACAACCGAAAUGUAGUCCCAUAUAACAGGGACUUGCUUGUCCAGUUUGAUGCAUAUAUAAAUGUUGAAGUAUGCAAUUAUGCGAGGUCGGUCAAGUACCUAUUCAAGAAACCGGCUGUUGAGCGCUUACCAUUUCAUUUACAGGGGAAAAACACAAUAAUAUUUGAUGAAUCAAUGCCAAUUGAAAGCGUAAUAAGUAGACAUGAUUUAGAAAAAAUAGAAUUUACAGAAUGGUUUAAGGCAAACAAAGAAUACCCUGAUGCAAGAGAGUUGACAUAUUCCGAUUUUCCAACGUGUUGGGUUCGGAAUGGAAGUGACAAAAAGUGGACUAGGAGGAAGAAGGGACACGCAGUUGGCAGAAUUUACUUUGCACAUCCAGGAAGUGGAGAACGUUUUUACAUGCGUAUGCUGCUAAAUUUUGUCAAAGGGUACACUUCCUUCGAAAGCAUCAGAAGAAUCAAUGGAGUAGAUCAUAAAACAUAUAGAGAGGGAUGCUACGCUUUAGGGUUAUUAGAUGAUGACAAAGAGUGGAACGACUGCUUGUCUGAGGCAGCCCAUUGGGCUUCUGGAAACGAGUUGCGACAUUUCUUUGUUACUGUACUUAUGAACUGUCAGGUGUCAGCUACUCGUAAGCUAUGGGAGAAUAACUAUGGAAUACUAUCUAAAGAUAUCACGCAUAUCCAGUGA